AUGGAGCACAACCAAAUACUUUUCCUGGCUUUACCAAAAUCAUCAGAUUCAGCUUCUCCUAAUCUUUCAUCAAACCCAUCAAAUAUUUCUCAAGUGUUUCCUCGUUUUCACUUUGACAGCGCAGGUCUAAUGAAGAAUGAAGCAAAAAUUUAUCAGCAUUGUGGAACCUCUUAUGGUUCAGUGGACAAGAUGAAAUCCAGCAAGAAAGAAGGUGGCAAAGAGACCAAGAAGCACAAAUAUGCAUUUCAAACAAGGAGCCAGGUUGAUAUACUUGAUGAUGGGUACCGAUGGCGAAAAUACGGGCAAAAAACAGUUAAAAACAGUAAAUUUCCUAGAAGCUACUAUAGGUGCACGCAUCAAGGGUGCAUUGUCAAAAAGCAAGUCCAACGCCUUUCGAAAGAUGAAGAGAUUGUUGUGACGACUUAUGAAGGAAUCCAUUCACAUCCCACUGAUGAAACUUCCGCAGAAAACUUUGACCAGAUACUGAGACAUUUACAAACAUAUAAUGCCUAA